GGUGUCGCGCGAGCUGGCCGCGCGCCUCGCUGUGGGGACUGUAACUAUGGCGAGCCCGGGCGAGGAUUCUGAACGGGAGCCGCUCUUAGGGGACUACCCAUCCGGAAGCAGAGAAUGGGACAUUAUAGAAACUGAAGAGCAUUAUAAGAGCCGAUGGAGAUCUAUUAGGAUUCUGUAUCUUACUAUGUUUCUCAGCAGUGUAGGGUUUUCUAUUGUGAUAAUGUCAAUAUGGCCAUAUCUCCAAAAGAUUGAUCAGACAGCUGAUGCAAGUUUUUUGGGCUGGGUUAUUGCUUCGUUUAGUAUUGGUCAAAUGGUAGCUUCACCUAUAUUUGGUUUAUGGUCUAACCAUAGACCACGGAAAGAACCUCUCGUCAUCUCCAUCUUUAUUUCAGUGGCAGCCAACUGCCUCUAUGCAUAUGUCCACGUUCCAGCUUCUCAUAAUAAAUACUACAUGUUGGCCGCUCGUGGAUUGGUGGGAUUUGGAGCAGGAAAUGUUGCAGUGGUUAGAUCAUAUAUUGCUGGUGCUACUUCCCUUCAGGAAAGAACAAGUUCUAUGGCCAAUACAAGCACGUGUCAAGCAUUAGGAUUUAUUCUAGGUCCAGCAAGAAUAGAUGAAGUUCAGGAUUCCCAAGGAAAUAUUGAUCAAGUUGCUGUUGUGGCUACCAAUGUUCUGUUUUUUGUGAUUUUAUUUAUAUUUGCCCUUUUUGAAACAAUCCUUGCUCCAUUGACAAUGGACAUGUAUGCUUGGACUCAAGAACAAGCUGUAUUGUAUAAUGGAAUAAUACUUGCUGCUCUUGGAGUUGAGGCAGUUGUUAUUUUCAUGGGGGUUAAAUUACUUUCCAAAAAGAUUGGUGAGCGAGCUAUUCUACUGGGAGGACUCAUCGUUGUGUGGGUUGGCUUCUUUAUCUUGUUACCUUGGGGAAGUCAGUUCCCCAAAAUACAGUGGGAAGAUUUACAUAAUAAUUCAAUCCCUGAUACCACAUUUGGGGAAAUUAUGAUUGGUUUUUGGAAGUCUGCAAGAGAAUAUCAUAAUGAACGGCCAGUUGGUUGCCCAGUUGAGCAAGCCUGGUGCCUCUACACCCCAGUGAUCCACCUGGCCCAGUUCUUCACAUCAGCUGUGCUGGUUGGAAUAGGCUAUCCAGCCUGUAAUGUUAUGUCUUAUACAUUAUAUUCAAAAAUUCUAGGACCAAAGCCUCAGGGAGUGUAUAUGGGCUGGCUGACAGCUUCUGGAAGUGGAGCCCGGAUUCUUGGGCCUGUGUUCAUCAGUCACGUGUAUACUUACUUGGGGCCACGAUGGGCGUUCAGCCUUGUGUGUGUGAUCAUCCUGCUCACCAUCACACUCCUCGGAGCGGUUUACAAGAGACUCAUUGCCUUUUCUGUAAGAUGUGGGAGGAUUCAGGAGUAAGGUAGCUAAGACUAUGGUGGAACAUACUUGAUUUGUGUGGCAUUUCCUAGUCGAAAGCUAUGCCCCACAAUUGCUACGAUCCAGUCACCAUAUACAGGCUGUGGAGACAUUGCACAUUUUGAAAAACAAGAACAUAUGUAAAUAACAGGGGAUUCUACAUGUGAUUGUGAAUAGUAGGACACAUAAAACAUUCUGAGUCAUAAUUUCCUAUAUUUUUCUUAUUAUGCCCUUUUGGGAUUUCAUGAACUAAACAGUGAGUGGCAGUGGUCUAUAGGUGUGAAAACUACACUCUUAGUACAGACUACAAAAGUGUCGUUAAAAUAAUGAGAGAAUAUGCAGUGGAACCAGGACAAGUUCUGUACCAAUUAGCUGUAUUAUAGAAUGAAAUUAUAGAAUUUUUUUUGCCUAAAGAGGUAUUUUAAUUUAAAGACAACUACUUUUUAUUUAUAAAAACACAUUUUCUGUUCUUACAUUUCCUUGCGAAGUAAAAAUCAUGACCCUUAAAUUCUCCAUUUAGCAUGCCUGCCAUCCUUCCUGUCUUAUAUAAAUCUUUAUUGUAAUACUGCAUCUCUGUCUUAUUUUAGUUCAGUAUUUCACUAAACUCUAAAUUGAUAUGUGAGCAAGAAAAAUGCUAAUAUUUGAAAAAUGAAGAGGUCAAAAUGGAUAUCUUGGCCUUUAGUGGAGUUACACUAUUUAAUUCUUGGAAGUGCUAAUAAUUCACUUUGUAUCCAUGUAUUCAACAGUACAUGAUUUCUUAAAAUUAUUGCUAUAUCCCAACUCCUUUAAGCUUUAGAGAAAAAUUCACUGUGAUUAAAUAUUGCCCAUCUAAAUUACAAGAGGGAACACAACAGUCCCUUGUCUGCAGAGCUGUUAAAGAGCUAUAGAAUUUUAGUUGGAUUUUAAAUUUGGAUGGGAACUAACAGCCCUGUCAAUUCAGGUUAAUAAGCAUCUGAGCAGAAUGGCUUUCAUCGAACAGUUUAUUGGUACAUAGGAUGCUGGUAAGUUACUAGUACGGAACUGUACACGUGGUAAUAACAAAACUGCAAAAAUAGUGGUAAAUAUCCUUCCAAAAGUUUCCUAUUUUACGUUAUAAGCAUUUCCAAAUCUUAAGAAUAAAUACAUAAUCUGCACUUUACAGUAAGAAAUACUCCUCCACCCAAUUUCAUCAGCUCUAAUGGAAGGCUUAAUGUUCUCGAACUCACUGUACAGUUAUGUUUUAGAGGUUUUUCACUCUUCUCCACCUCCCUAGCAGGACUCUGCUUACAGGUCAUCAGCAAGCUUCUGGCAAUUUGGUGAAAUCCUGGAAUCACCUUUACCUUUCAUUUUGAAGCUUCUCAGUUUCUGUCUCACUUUUAAUCAUAAAGAGCAAACUCCACCCUUGGUUUGGGUAGUGUGUGCACGAUAGAUAAUAACAAUCAUGAUAAUAAUAACGAAUAUUUAUGGAAUUCUUUCCAUAUUCCUGGUAACGUGUAAUUUAUCACAACUAUUCUAUAGGGUGAGGAUACUGUUAUUCCCAUUUUAGAGAUGGAAGAAUGAAGGCAUAGAGAAGUUACUUGUCUAGGUCUUUCGUCUAGUUCUUAACCACUAUAUUUUUCAUAAGGGAAAAUAACCAUGAAGUUGGAUUAUUAAUAGAUUACUAAUUGUGAGGUAAAUUAAGUUACCUGUACCAGUGACUUUUGUUAGCAGAAAUAUUUGGCAAACAAUUAACACCUCUCCCCCAGAAUUUUAUCAUAAAACAUAUAGCAUGUUUUUAACAAGAAUAUGACAAGAAAAAUUCCCAGCUUCUAAAGUUAUUCUUUGGUUACAAUUCAGAUAAACUAUAACCUUGCAAAACUGACUGCCACCUUCUUUUUUAUUGACAGUGCUUUCUUGGUCUAACACCAAAGAUAGGGCAAUAACAGGUUUUGGGAAAGAACAGGGAAGUAGUUUGAGAAAUAAUUAAAUAACUUAGUUUAACUCUUCCAUUGGACAAAAUGAGUAUAACUUAAAGAUGAUGUAGAGUCCUUAAAUUAUGAAAAACUAGGAGUGGUUUACAUUGCCAGGCAUGGUGGCAUAUGCAUUUUAUAAUCCCAGCAACUUGGGAGGCUGAGGCAGGAGGAUUGAAAGUUUCA